CUCAUAGCAGAGAACUAGAAAUGAAAACUACCCUUCAAGAGCUAUUGAUCUACAUAAUUUUCCUAACAGAUCUAUGUAUAUGAUUUCAUCCUGGUUUCUUUCUUUUUAGUAACAUUUGGAAUGGUGAGCACAGAUAUGUAUUAUCUCAACAAAGUUAUGGCGCAUCUUUUUCUGGAAACUCCUGUAUCUGAACAAGAUACUACUGUCUUCAAGACUAUGGGAAGCAUUGCUGACUUUUGGCAGUUUGUAGAAGGACCACUUCUGGAUGGCCUUUAUUGGGACACAUGGUAUAAUGAUAAUUCCACAUCCACUCACAGAAACAGCAGCCAUAUCUACUAUGAGAAUUUACUGUUAGGAGUACCUCGAAUUCGGCAGCUGAAAAUUCGUAACAACACAUGUUCUAUCUAUCCCUCUUUCCGGUCAUUUAUGAAAGUGUGCUAUGGUAAAUAUCUCUUUGUACAUGAGGAUAAAGAAAGCUUUGGUCUUAAGAAUGACUCUGAGUGGCAUUAUUCUACUUCUAAAACACUAUCUCCAUGGCAUUGGGGCCUUAUUGGUCUGUACAGUAGUGGAGGAUUUAUGUUCACCUUGCCCAAGUCAAAGACAGAAAGUGCAGAGAAACUUGCCUUUCUCAGGGACAGUAGCUGGAUCACUAGAGGAACGAGGGCUGUCUUCAUUGACUUUUCAAUGUAUAAUGCCAAUGUAAACCUCUUCUGUGUAGUCAGGCUGGUUAUGGAAUUUCCUGCAACAGGUGGCACAAUCCCCUCCUGGCAGUUCCACUCUGUAAAACUUCUCAGAUAUGUCACUUAUUACGAUUAUUUCCUGGCCUCUUGUGAAAUCAUUUUUUGCCUCUUCAUCUUCACUUUCAUCUUCCAAGAAAUUAUAAAACUGAAGAAACAAAAAAAAGACUAUUUUAAAGAUGCCUGGAACUGGCUGGAUGUGUUACUCCUCCUGUUGUCUGUUUUUGCUAUUGCCUUCAAUGUUUACCGAACUAUUGAAGUAUCCAGGUUGAUGGAAGAUCUGCUCUCCAAUUCAAAUGCUUAUCCAGACUUUUAUUUCCUUGCAUUCUGGCAGACCCGUUACAAUAAUAUGAUUUCGGUGAAUGUAUUCUUUGCAUGGAUAAAGAUAUUUAAAUACAUAAGCUUUAACAAGACCAUGACCCAGCUGUCUUCCACUCUGUCCCGCUGUGCUAAAGAUAUCAUCGGAUUUGCUAUUAUGUUCUUUAUCAUCUUCUUUGCAUAUGCACAGUUGGGUUACCUGGUCUUCGGAUCUCAAGUGGAUGAAUUUUCCACUUUUCAGAAUUGCAUCUUUACCCAAUUCCGCAUUGUGCUUGGAGAUUUUAACUUUGCCAAUAUAGAGCACGCAAAUCGAAUUCUUGGACCAAUUUAUUUCAUCACAUUUGUAUUCUUUGUAUUCUUUGUACUGCUGAACAUGUUCUUGGCUAUCAUUAAUGACACAUACUCUGAAGUGAAAGCUGAUUUUUCAGUUAUCCCAAGUAGAGAAUUUGAGAUCAGUGAUCUUAUUAGACAGAGUUACAAUAAAGCUCUAGUCAAACUCAAACUGAAGAGACAGACAUCACAAACAGAAGACCUGUACGGCAUAGGCAGACCCUCCAGAACAGAUAUGGCAAAGAAUGUCUCCAGAGUCAGUAGUUUGGAUAAGGAUUUCACCAGGAAGCGGAAAACUACCUCAUCCUCAGGAUUUCACAGUGCAGUUUCUUACAAUGAAUUUCAAAAGUAUGGUGCUACAGAGUGUCGUAGUCACAGUUGUCUUCAACCUUUCAGACCAGGAUUCAUCUUUAGGCCAGACAUGUAUUCAGGGACCCACUUCUCAAUUUUUGACUGUGGUAGUGCUGCUGCUGUGACCCAACUUAGGCUAGGCUGUGACCCAGCAGUGGGGCCCUGAUAAUACCAGUUGAAAACCAAUUCAUGAUAAGAGAAUGUGGCCCUAAGCUUGGGACAAUUUUCCACCCUAAACAUCCCUUUUAUUUAUUUGUUUUUAAAAGGUUGCUCCUGAUUAUUCCUUUGCAAGCAAGGCUUGCUUCAGUUGCACCAUGGUAUUGGAACUCGAGCACAGUGAUCCUUGCCCAGCCAAUCAACUCAGUGUUGCUUACAGCAAGCCCCACAGGGAAAUGCUUCCUUUGACUAUGUGUUUUGAUUUCAAACCUUGAAUUAGUCAUUGAAUUUGUCAUUGUAAUGUCAGGUGCUUAAAAGAUGGGCAACCCACUGGCUGGAUUCAGUUCCAUAUCCCUGUUUCAGAUUGGCAAGGUUUGAGGGAAUCUCCUUGCAAUUCCCCUAGAACACUCUGGGGGUCCAGAUAACUAUAGUCUGACACACCAAAUAACCAGAGUUUCCAGCACAUUUUGCAGCAGCUACACAACACAAAACACUAUUUGAUCAUACCUCUAGAUACUUAGGGUUGGAUGACAAGGAGGAAGGAGAUUCAUUACUUCCUCUGGUGGCUUUUGCAUCAUGAGUCGAGUGAUUCACUGACUGUUCCAAAUCCCUGAUUAGCAUCUGUUUUAACCAACUCAACAACUUGGUGAAGGGAAUGAGCAUCAGCCACAAGGGCGGAAAAAGGAAACUAGGCUUAUUUGUGAAAGAGAUCUUACUGCUUGGCUCCACUUGCCAUUUCACACAUCAAUAUAGUGACUGAAUUGAUGCUGCACCAAAAUGGACACCGUGCUAGGCCAGCUUUUCCUGUGCAGCUUCUACUGAAGCAUCAGCCUGCUAACAACCAGAGUAAAUACCCAAGUUGGGAAUUUCCUUCUUGACAGAACUAGACUGGGAGCUAUGCCCCUCUUACCAGAUACAGCUGGUUUCUCUACUGUACUGGAGAAUAUGGGCUGAGAGUACAUCAUCUGUUAGGCCCAGAGCUGAUGGGAAGAAUAGGAAAUUUCCUGUUCCUUUCCCUGACAGUCCUGGUGGCUCAGUAAAGUCCCAUAUGUGCUUAAGAAGAGGAGAAGGGAAUGGUGAUGGAGCAUCCCACCUUUUCUUGUGCUGCACCUCAGGGAAAACCAGGCAUCUGUCGCUGAUUCUGCCCCACAACCUUGAUCAUGACCUGCUAAACCCAGUGCCAGACUAUGGCCUGUAGAGCAGUGUCAUCAUAAUGGAUGUGGAAAAGACUCCAGUGGAUUAAUGCCACCCAACAUUCCCUUCACCUUUGCUGCCUUGGC